AUGCAUGAACAGAUGAGAGUUGUCACUCAUUCUCAGUUUGUCGACGACACCAUUAUCUUUGGAGAAGCGACAAUUGAGGAAGCAAAAUGCAUUAUGAAUACAUUGGACAACUACUUAGAACAGUCCGGGCAGAUUAUGAACAAGCAGAAAUCACAAGUAAUAUUUUUGAACACCACUAAGAAAUCUCAGCAAAGAAUUGCAAAUCUCAUGGGGAUAGAAAUUGCAGACCUCCCCCUCAAAUAUCUUGGAGUCCGAAUAGACAAAGGUUGCAGACAAUCACAAAUAUGGGAUGAUGUGAAGAAUUCUUGUUUAGCAAAAUCAGAUCAAUGGAAGAAUAGAUGGCUAUCACAGGUAGGGAGACUCACCAUGGUAAAAUCAGUACUUUUAGCUAUCCCAAUUUACAGUAUGUCUUGCUUCAAGCUUCCAUAUGCUGUUGGAAAAAACUUAGACAAUAUUCUGAGGAAAUUUGUAUGGGAAGGAGCUAAGGAGACUAGAAAGAUACCUCUCAUAAAUUGGGAUACAAUGUGCUUAGUAAAAGAAGAGGACUAA